AUGUUUGCCAUAAGGAUUAGGUACGAACUCGCCGAUCUACUGGCCUUGCGUGGCAGUGCUGCCAUUGACGUCGGCAAAUUUACCAUUCAUGCACUUGAAAAUAAUCUACUAGAUCGUCGUAAGUCCGUGUCCAAUAUCGAGAGAGAACGGCCUUUGGAUGGACCAAAGCAUCGCCAACGUUCUGUGUCAACUUCGGACGAGUCUUUACAACAUCCAGCCAGACAACCUCAUAACGCCCCCCCAGACAAUCUAGUCGAGGCUGAUGCUGGAUUUGCUAAAUUCCUCAAAGAGCACACCUCUCCAAAGCACCAGCGAGUGACGGCAGGCGGGCGAGUCGUGCUCGUGGACGCUGAUAAGUCGAUUCCAGAACUGAAGCCUCCCUUAAAGAAAACAAGGGAAGACAAUCCUAAGAAAUCAGGCGGGAUAAAUCCGAUCGUCUCAUCCCUUUCUCUAAGAAAUGGAAUCGGUUCAGAAAAUACUGGGCAGAGUUCUCGCACUUCGUCCAAUGUAAACGCCGUUGCGGGUCAAGUAUACCCAGCCAUGACACAAGAGAAGGCGUCUGCUGGUGACACUGGAGCCUACCCGGAAAACGGACAACAAGAAGCUCCACAAGGCGUCACUUAUCCAUCUUUACAACCGUGGCAAGCACCAUUAUUGGCAUCUACUGCUCAUCGUCAACAACCUGUCCCAUUGGCUUCAGGUUCUUAUCCCAUCUUUCAACUGGUACAAACAGGCCAGGAGACUGUCGCUGUACCAAUCAAUUCUAGCCUUUCUUCAAGCUUUCGACCAGAUACAGCUUCAUGGUACCCAAGCUCAGCGGCGUCUCUUAUGGCUCAGGGUCACACUUCGCAGUCUCUCCCCCCACAGCCAACCUUGUUUCCUACCUCAACAUUUCAAAUUGCUGGAAAGCAAGGCUUGCUUGCCCCAACAAUUACUUUGUCGGACUUACAAUUAACACCACCCACCCCUUAUUCUGUCACCGGGCUGGGCCAUCUCGGGCCUUACUCGACUGUACCUGCGAUGUCUGGUCCAAUCUCAUCUCCAGUCUACAUUCCAGACACAAGUACUCAGAGGUCCCUUCAAGAGGUGACGAAAGAGUACCAAAAUCUUUCGUGUCAGUUAGCAAGCCUAGAUCGUUAUAUGGCAAUAAAUACCUUUGAGAUUGACGCUGAAACCAAGAACAAUCUCGUGGAGCAGAGAAAGGGCCUCGUGAAGGACUUGGAUAUAGCAAGACGGUACAAAGAGCAUCUCGAAUCCAGCAUCAAG